AUGGCGGCCGAGACGUACGUCACGUAUGUCGCCUUUGAGGGGCAGACCAUCAAGACCACCGUCACGUCCUCCGGCACAGCCGUCAAGCGCUGGCUCCGGGAGAUCCGCUACAUGUACCGCUGGGUCUACCACAAGCUCAUCGUCGGGUUGGACGUGGAGUGGCGCCCCAGCUUCAGCCGCGUGCAGAACCCCGUGGCGCUCCUGCAGCUCUGCGUCGGCCGCCGCUGCCUCAUUUUCCAGCUCCUCCACGCCGACUACAUCCCCGACGCCCUGGCGGAGUUCCUGGCCGACCGCAGCUUCCGUUUCGUCGGCGUCGCCGUGCAGGGGGACGCCAACCUCCUCAGCAAAGACCACCACCUCCAGGUGGCCAACACCAUCGACCUGCGCGACCUUGCUGCUCGAGGGAUGCAUAGGCCGGAGCUCGCCAAGGCCGGGCUCAAGGCCAUCGCGAGCGCCGUCUUGGGGGCCAACAUCGAGAAGCCACAGAAGGUGAGGGUGGGCCCGUGGGACGUCUACCGCCUCUCGGACGAGCAGAUCAACUACGCCUGCAUCGACGCCUUCGCCUCCUUCGAGAUCGGCCGGAAGCUGCUCACCGGCGACUACCCUCCUCAGCCUCCUGCACACUGCCUUACCGCUGCCGAGGACUACACCUCUGACUACGCCUCUGACGAGGACUGA